GCCUUCAUUUCACAAUCCCACCAACGCAGAGAAGAAGCACUGAAGCGCAUCUGAGAAACAGCGCUGCCGGGAUUGUGGUUAAAAAGGGAGCUGGCAGCCGAAAGCAGGCAACAUUUCAGCAGUGAAAACCCCCCCCCAAAAAAACAACGUUAUUCGGGGCGUUUUUGCGAGCUUUUUUAACCCCCAUGCCGAAUGAUACCCCAAGAGAAAUCACUUACAGAUACGAGACUGAAGCCUCGUAAUCGGAGCAAAAGCUGCUGCUGCUGCGCUGUUUGGGUGCCGUGUUAGCGGGCUAGCUUAGCCUGCUCCAUCCACCACACACCGACGAACAAAGAAGGAGGAAAAAAACACAUUCCGGCCGCUUUGCUGCUCUAAAAGGUCCGCGUAAAGAUUUGAACAGAAAUCUGUCAUGAUGUUUCCACAAUCCAGGCACUCGGCUUCAUCACAGCAGCUGAAGUUCACGACGUCAGACUCCUGUGACCGCAUUAAAGACGAGUUCCAGUUCCUCCAAGCACAAUAUCACAGUCUAAAGUUAGAAUGUGACAAACUGGCCAGUGAGAAGUCGGAGAUGCAGCGUCAUUACAUCAUGUACUAUGAGAUGUCAUAUGGAUUGAACAUUGAAAUGCACAAGCAAGCAGAGAUUGUGAAGAGAUUAAAUGCAAUCUGUGCUCAAGUCCUGCCUUACCUGUCUCAAGAGCACCAGCAGCAGGUCCUGGGAGCUAUAGAAAGAGCCAAGCAGGUCACACCACCAGAGAUGAACUCCAUUAUCCGGCAGCAGCAGCUUCAAGCACACCAGCUCUCCCAGCUGCAGGGACUGGCCCUGCCCGUGACCCCACUCCCUCUGGGCCUGAGUCAGCCGAGCGGCCUGCCCAACGUCACCUCCAGCUCUGCCCUCUUCUCCCUCUCCAGCAUCUUGGCAUCGCAGGCCCAGCUCGCCAAGGAGGACAAGAGCGCCAGAGACGCCUCGGACGGCCACCGUGACGAGGACGCCGACAAGUCCGACUAAACGCCGCUCCUCCGCCUGCUGUUGGCUGUGACCUCAUCCUCCAGUGCUCGCGUACACCACAUGCGCAUCGUCUCUUUUCCUUUGUUCUCAUUGCUGUAAAUCGCUAUUGUGACCUUGAUCAUUCGUUCUUGAUCAUUCCACUAGCUUUAUAUUCAGCAGUCCACUUUUUUUAAAAAAAAUAUUUUUACUAUAUAUUUAGUUAUUUUUCUGUCAUCUCUCUCAGAGUGUAUAUGUAUAUAUCUCUAUGUACUAUGUAUUCCAUAUUCUGCUUCGUCUCAGCAUGGCCAUCCAGCUCCACUGAGGCACCACCAGUGUUUCUUUGAGCACGGUUCUAUCUCCUCCUACUUUGCUUUCUCCUGAAGAGAUUCUUUUUAUCCUUUACCUUUGAAGGAGCACAUUUAACGCUGACAGAAUGAAGAGAAAAAGGGUUGAGUGUAAUGAAGGUCAGCAGUAGUAUGUGAACUGUAGAACGCAUGCUUUAUUUUCUGCAGCAUUUUUGGUAUGGGUGUAGUUUAACUCUAUAAAUAGCAGUUAAAAUGGCUUGCAGUGAGGGAGGACGAAGUGGCUUACUGACGUUUUAAAGGAAUAUUUUUGAACAAAAAAAAAACAAAACAUUUUUACGGUGAUUAGAAAGGUUUAGCCGAUCAUUUGCUAUCAGUCUGUGAUUCGAUUCCUUAGUUUUGCACUGGACAUGAGCUGGCACGUUCGUAUAACAUUGUACAAUCUAAAAAUAACGGAAGACUACCUUUCUCACAGUCUUUUGCAUGAACACAUUCUCAAAUAUUCAUAGAACUACCCCGAACAACAUUGCUAAGGUAUCUGCUCCCCCUUUAAUUAACAUGUCCAUAUUUACAACAUAAUUCCAUAUCAUUCCAAUUAGACAUCCGACCAAGACAUGCUUGUAGUAACAGUAGUGCUGGAAUUGAGGCAAGAUAUCGUUUCUAUGGUAACAACUCGCACUUGGUGGAUAUUUAUCAAAAAAAAAAAAAAAAAGUAUAAUCGUUAAUAUGUUCUAAUAAUUAUAAAGAAGUCUCCAGUGUCAGAUUUGUAACCACAUCAUUACUGAAACUUCUUCGAUAUGAUUUUAUGGUAUUGAUUAUUCAGUAUAUUUACAACAUACAUUUUGGGUGAAAGCGACUACAUUCGGAUGAACUGAAAACUUUCUAAAAUUAAAUUACUUGUUUUUCCCCCAAUCAAAAUAUUCCUUUAAACUGUUCAUGGUGUUAAUCAGUGGUCACUGCAGUGCAACACUGAGAGAUUGUAGAUUAGUGACAUCCGCUAGACUUAAAACGACCUACAACUUGUCUGGCCCCUGUUUUUGUUUUUCUGUAUAUUCUUAUCUGUUUAAUGUGUGGAUUCCGAAAGCGUGUCUGUUUUUUUCUCACUGUCGUAGACGGAGAGCAUUUUAGCGUUUAGCGUCAUUAAUCAGAACAGCUAACCCUCUCACCAAGUGAAGGGGCCAACUGUUUGAAAAAAUCUGAUCUUUUUUUUUAUUUUUUAUGGUAUUAUCUAUUACUGUCGAUUUGGUAAGAAAAAAAAAUGGUGUAGUUUUUCCUGGAGAUACAUGGGAAAAAUAAUAUGGUGGAAAAAUUGUAUACGAGAACCGAGAAGCACUUUCUCUCAGCAGAUUUCCCCUAGUAGAUGCAUGCAAAAAAAAAGAAACACGAAUAAAGCACACGAUGUACGAGGCCCAAGUAUCCUCGUAUUUCCAAAACGAAAAGAGAGCACAUUGUGUUUUCUUUAAGAAAACCCAAGUAACAUUUUUGAUAGAGAUCCUGAGUAAGCCUUUCCAUUUUUUUUUUUUUUUGCAGAUCUGGUAUUUACUGUCUUCUGUUGUGCCUUUUAUCCAAGAUGAAAUUCUUUCUUUCCACCAAUAGGGGGCAGUAAGCUUUCAGCAUGUUCUGUGACAGCCACCAUCAUGAUCUCAUUUAAAAAAAAAAAUCUUUUUAACCUUUACACAAAAGUCCCUUUCUUUCUUUUUUCUUUUUCUUUUUUUUUUUGCAGAAUGAGAUUAGCGAUGCGUCUAAAUAAAAAAAAAAAAAAUGCACAUUUAUCCAAUCAGCUUGGAGUGAGCUGCUUAUUAAACAAACUUUACAAAAAAAAAUAUUUGUGUAUUAAUUCAUUUUAUCAGACUGAUAACCUGCAGCCAGAGGGGUUUUUUUGUUGUUGUUGUUGUUAGAUUCCUUUGCACAAGCGAGCUGAAGUAGAACCUGAUCUCCAUCCUCCUGGGGAGCCUGUGUACAGGACGUCACUGUGAGUUUGAUUUCUUUUCAGUGCAGCCUGUUGGCAUUCCUGACAGGAGAAAUUAGCACAUACUAUACUGAAUACUGAAUACUGGAACUGAAUCCACAUUUUAUUUCCUGUGCCCAACUGUACAUGUACUGCUUGUGUAUGUGUGUUGAAGUGUACAAUGACAGGACAAAUGUAUACUUUCUUUUUUAUUAUUAUUAUUUUAUUUUGAAUGACUUUUAGGUAAGUUUGCUGUGACUUCUGCCAUUUUGUAAGCAUGUGUGUGCUUUAGAAUCACUUCACAUGUGACUAUUUUAAUCUCCCGCCCACCACCACCACCUAGAAGUAAUCCCAGUGCUCAACCUAUUUAACUUUGGGACACUGUGCCAUUCUGUAUUGAUAUCCUCAUGAGACCCUGCUGUGUUGUACAAGGACAUCGCUUUCUUUUUCUCAAUUAAAUCUCUGUAUGUAAAUCACAAGGUAGUAAGUAAUAAAGAGACAACGCAGCCGAAGUCUCAAGAGGAUAGAACGGCAGCAGGACCGACUGUGGUGACAAAAAAGCUGGUUUGAGCUGAAGAAAAACAGGAAGUGACUCUUUAAUGGAAUCUAGUUGUGCUAGUGUAAAAGUGCCAGAUUGUAUAAUUUACCAAUGUGCUUGAGGAUGACUUGCUACACAUGCUUACUCGCAUACAUUAUUUCUAUAGCUCUUUAUUAUUUUUUUUUUCUUCUCCGUAAAUGCCCCCCCACCCCUGUGUGUGGAUAUGUAACCAGACAGCUGUUGAGAUUUCUUCUGAUGAAUUAAUUGUAGGUGUUUGUCUCACAGAGGCAGCCAGGGGACGGUAAAAGUGUCCUGUUCUACAUGGAACUAGAGCAUUAUGUGUCCACUGAUCCAUCUGUGUUACUGAUCUCUUUUAGAAGACAUUAUGACCCCCCCCUCUCUUUUUCUUCCCCCAGUCAUCGAUUGCCCUCUGCUUGAUCACUUGCUUUUAUUUCCAUAACGCAUUGUAAGCAUUUUUCUGCUUUGUAAAACUUUUUACCUCUUAUUUUCUGAUUAUAGUACAAUCUAAAGUGCAAAAAUAACAGUGUUAUACAAAAAAAAAGCCUGAGGAUGAAAUAAUAACAAACACACAAAGUAACAUUUUACUUUAUAUAAAUGGAUAUUUCUGCAGUAAGGAAAUGCUGCUGGUGCCUUACAAAUAAAAUCAGAUCAGUGGAGGAAAUGGGA